AUGGACGACAGUGCAGUGCGGCCAAAGUCGCUCAAGUUUAAAGAGCCGGUCAUCGACGUUGCGCUCAGCCCGACAACAAAUUUGGUGGCCAGCUCGCUUAUCACAGGCCACGUUUUCGUCCACCGGUACUCAGUCGACGGGAAUGAGCGUGUGAUCAGGCAAAAGGUGCACAAAAAGUCAUGCCGGUCGGUGGGAUUCAGCGCAGACGGAUCGCUGCUGUAUACGGCGUCCAAGGACCGCUCGUGGCAGGUGAUGGACGUUGAGACCGGCACACAAAAUAUGAACAUUGAAGCGGCGCACGACAAGCCACUUAAUCUCAUCAAGUAUGUUAACGAGCAGGUCAUUGCCACGGGCGACGACGCCGGAGGACUGAAGCUGUGGGACGUGCGCCAGAAUAAGCCGGCAUUUUCGUACAAUGAGCACGUAGACUACAUCUCAGACAUGGUUUUCAACGCUGACAAGCGCCACUUGCUGGCCACCAGCGGAGACGGAUGCCUGUCAGUCUACGACGUGCGCAAAGCCAAGCCGUUCCAUGUAUCAGCAAACCAGGACGAUGAGCUGCUGUCAAUUGCGCUGCUGCGCGGCGGCAAGAAGGUUGUGGUCGGCGAAACCGACGGUGUCCUUGGGAUCUUUACGUACGGCCAAUUCGGUGAUGUCAGCGAUCGGUUCCCGGGCCACCCACAGAGCAUUGAUACCAUCUGCAAGCUGACCGAGGACCUGUGCGUCACUGGCUCCAGCGACGGGUUGCUGCGCAUAGUUCAGCUGUUCCCGCACAAGCUUGUGGCAAUGGCUGUCUCAUGCUCCCAUGACCACACUGUCCACUUCUGGGACAUUGGCUACAUCUUCAACGACGACGAUGACGACGACGACGAAGAGGACGGCAGCGAAGACGAAGGCGAUGAGCAGCUGGAUGCGCAGGCAGUGGCUAUUCGUAUCAGCAAGGAGAUUGGUGGCGAUGGAGAGUCAGACGUUGACAUUGACGGCUACUCGGAUGCAAGCGAGCUGAAGGACCGCGACGUAAAUGACGAGCUUGAUUCCGAUAGCGAUGGCGAUAGCGACAAUUUUGAUGACAACACCGGUGACGACGUUGGUGCCAGCGGCAGCGACUCGGACGGCGAAAACAGCGAGGCAGUCGUCGAUGUCGAUGGCUCUGUCAAUGGAGACGGUCCUGGCCCUAGCACUGGUGCUGGUCCAAGCGUCAAAGGCGGUGCUGAUUCUAAAGAUGUUGCCGGCGACGACGGCGAUGACGGCUGGGGCAGCUGGGGCGACUCGGACGACUCGGACGGCGAUGAUGCGUCGGGCAAGAAGAAGAAGCGCAAGCUGACCAAGAAGGACAAGCUCAAGGCCAAACGCAAGGCUCUUGCAGAGCUGGCCAACCCAGAGCAGAAGAAGGCGAAGAGGAAGGGCAAUGAGCCAAAGGCCUCGUUUUUUGCCGAUCUGUGA